AUGGCGUCGCCACCGGCUCCAGGCGUCGCGCAAUCGAUAGGAUCGGAGGGAGGAGAGGUUGGAGGAGAGGAGGAAUCGGCAUUCGUUCGACCACAGGCUCCCACUCCAAAGUGGGGGAGUAGGCGCGGCGAGGAUAUCCCACGGCCAGGGAUGCCGGAGGUUGCUAAACCUGCGCCGUCGUCAGAGGAGAGGCCGAAGAAGAGCGGCGUGCUGAAGAGUAGUCGUGAGUACGCAGUUGAAGCGACGCUGACAACAGCUUACCCGCGGAGCAGAAUCCAAACUCUCCAGUUCCCUUCGACCUCGCACUUUCCAACCGGCCCGCCAAAGAAGCUGGAUGUUUUCGCCUCCUCGCCCCCGUCGAGCUGGAGGUGGGAGCCGCCUCUGGUCUUGGAACGUGCCGAUCCAUUCGACAGCGAGGGGCGAGAUGAGGGCAAGCGUGACGCAGCCAAGAGGUCUGACGGCGCCAAUGCAGAGGUAUCGGAGCGGCCACGUCUGCAGCGCUUCCCUCCUUACAACUCAUCACCAGACACGUCGCUCGAAGUUGCCUCGUCACCGGAUACGUCCAACAAUUCUGAGAGUCACUCUUCGAGCUCACCGGAGAGCAAGGAGAGAGUAGGGAGUACGCCUGCUCGACCUCCCCGCAGGAAGAAGAAGAAGAGUACGGGUAAGAUACCGACUCUGCCUGCAAUGCCGAACACGGCGCCAGUGCCUCUCUCGGCCUCAGUGGGCGCCGAGCGACUCAGUAUGCUCUUCCAGCCUCUCUCGCCUGCCACCACACCCUUUACCAGCAAUAAUCGUCUCGACGGCGACACUGAGGUCCCCGACACCGAGUCACCUUCGCCUUCACUGCCAACGACGCCAACACCAACACGCCCCAAGACUCCACUGGUGCAUACACCCCCUCGAUCCACCUCUUUGCCUGCACACUACCGCUCGCAAGCCAUGGGUCCAAGGCUGAAACCCUUGACACCCAUCACACACGAGAAGCCAGUUACACCAUCAAAGCUCCGGAGAAAGCCCGGGCAAGUCACAAGGCUGAGGUCGAAGAAACACCUCCGUGACUCACCGACGGUUGCCCCUGUGGAGCGCAGUCCAACACCGACGCCGGUCGUCACUCGCGACUUCAGCUCUACACUUCCCGGACGCACGACGCCGUUCCCGCCACUAGGUCGCUCGCCGAGCCCAACGCCAACUGUGGGGAGCGUGGCUGCCGGAAUGCCACAUGGUGAGGGGAUCACGGUCACAAGUGUGACGGUGCAGGAAUACCGACCGGUUAACUUCGAGGGAGAGGGAUCGAGGCGAGGCGCCACACCGACCAGGAAGCGGUUCUCGCUCUUCGACGAGGAGUGGUUCCGCUCUCCCCGUUCUGCAUCGGCAUCUGCCUCAGCCAUCGACAGCGGCACGGGUGCUACCCGCGGCACCGUCACUGCCGGUGUCGAGGAUACCGUCCGCAGUGCUUACAGCACAGUGGGCCACACCGCUGGUAACGGAACAAUUGACAGUCUGCAGACGGCCAAUGGGAAAGCCAAGACGGGCGAUGACAAGAGCAAGGUGAACGAACUCCAUGAGCCGACCUGGGUUACCCGUCUCUUCCGGCGCCCUUCGUCCCCACGCCCUCGUUCGCCGAGCAUCACUUCUCUGCUCUCCUCCCCUACCCGCCCACCUCCCUCCCCUCUGCGCCCCGAGCCUGAGUCUCCGUCCAAGUUUAAAGCCUCGCUCAGCAAAGCCAAAACGCUUCGCCUCUCCUCGCUCCGGUCCAAGACCACGGCUCCGGUACAACCAUUGGCCCCUGAGCCCACUCAGCCCUCGACACCCCGCCGCCCCUCCCAAGCUGUGGAGAAGCCCAGCCCCUCUAAAUCCGAACGAUGGCUGAAGAAAUCCCGCUCCAAAGCCUCUCUCCGCUCCCUCCUGCACCUACGCAGCUCCUCCGACUCAAGCUCCAGUGGGGAGAAGGAGGGCUGGUGCACCGAGUGCGGCGAGCGAUGUACCCGCCACUCACCGCAUACGCGGGACCCGUUUGCGAAUCUCUCCAACCCCGACUCGUUCCCCAAUACGCCGCUCCUCCCCUCCAACGCGGGGGCUGUUAUGCUCCCAUCCCCGCAUGCGAAUCUGCGCGAGAAUGCGCCAUGGGGCGCACAGAGGGUGCGGACGCUGUCCAAUGUUUCUGUCACUGCCAAUGGGGAAAGGUCGAGUGGCUCCGAGGGAUGGCACGUCGUCGGUGUUCGUCCUCCCCUGGCUCCAGCGGUGCCCAGUGGACAGUUCGGCAGCGUGAGGCUGAGAACGAGGUCGAACGUCUCGACACACUCCUACCCGCCCUAUCCGAGCCACUCGCACUCCCUCUCCUACCCUCCCGAUCAGUACACGCGCCGCCGCUCUGUCUCGCUCACUGCCCCGCGCCGCGUGGCUCACGGCCAUAACAACCCGGGACCCCCCGGCCUCCGUUUCCGCGACCAGUGGCCCAUCACCAUCCCCGAGCAGAGAGAGGAUGCCGAUGCCGAGGACGCCGAGGGAGAGGGGGAGGGGGCGUACAUGUUCCCCCCUCCACCGCCUAAGCCCGAAGGCGGGUUCCCGCCUCUCCCACCCCUCCCUCCUCUCCCGUGGAGCAAGUCUGGAUCGUCCAGCAGCGGUGCGACCUAUCACACGACCAGGAGUCAGGCCCACACCGCAGAGCAUCGCUCCAAUGACUCUCACUCGCACGAUGGUCGGCACUCUGCGAAUUCACAGUAUUCGCAGACCUCUGCGGCGCAGAAUGACCCUCCGCAGAAUGCGAACUCCGACCCCAGGCCCUUCCCUACGUUCCCCUUGGAACCCUUCUCGUUCGCCAGCGCCGGCUUUACGCCGACUUGGGUCGUUCCCUCGCAACCUGUGCCGCGGAGAGAGUCUCCCGAGAUCAGCCAAUGGAGCGACGAUGAUUAG